AUGACUGCGCGGCUUCCCGUCACAAACAGAGCGCCUUUUCGCUUACUGCCACUGCUGCUGCUUGUGCCUGCAUCUGCCUCGCCGUCGCCGUCCCGUCGCUGCCAUCCGAACGAAUCACCGGCCGGGCGCGCGCUCAGGAGAAAAAACUUAGAAAAAGGGCAUUUGUGCUGCCGGUCCUUUUACUCGGUGCGUGCUGUGGUCUUUGGUGUUUCUGGAUGCUGCAUGCUGGCUGUUUUGGAGAUUACGCGAUACAUAUUGGCGAUUGACUUGGUGCAGACAACGCGACAACGAACUGGAACACCCCCCUAUUUCAAUGAGCUCCCACCAGCGCCCCCACUGAGAGCAGCGUCUAGAACUACCGUGAACAUUCGCCUCGCAGCCCUCACAGUAUGGUACUAUGGCGGGACGAGAGAAGAAGCCCGACAAGCCCUUUCUUUCUUUGGUACCGUUAGAUCUAUUCUCUUCCACCCCCCGCCCCGACUGUCUCCGCCACGGGCAUUGCAGCGGGAUUUGGUCCCGUCCAAUGAAUCCCGUAUCAAUUAUCGUUGGCUCCUCCUACGGGCUAGUGACGUUAUAGACACAAACGAAGAGAAGGGGCGAGUCUCGAAGGUGAAGGGAACUUUGGGCUCUGUCAUCGACCUUCCGUCGCCACGCCGAGCCUUCCAAAGGAUGGGAUUUGGUAGAGCACCCUGA